AUGAAAUAAUAGUCAAAUAGAAAAUUAUUAGAGUUGAGACAGAGUGUGAAGCAGUCACUUUUCAAAUCAGUGAAGACGGAAAGAUCUCAAUAUCCAACCGAAACAAAGAGAUCCAAAUCUAUAACUCAGUGGACAUAAUUUACAUUCUUCAAAUAAAAUCAGUAAUCUAAAAUCACAAAAUUCCAUGAUGUGUACAGGAUGACCAAGAAAAUAGGAACAGGUGCUCAUGGAGUGGUGAAGAUUUGUAAUAAAAUUUAAGAUUAACUAAAAAUAAACUAUGCAGUUAAAAAGUUGUCAUGUAAAAACGACCCUGAGUUAAUAAGAACUAUCAUUUAAACCUUUAAUAUUAAUAGAACUUUGAAUAAUCAUCCCAAAAUUAUCAGAUCAUAUGAUUUGUAUAUUGAUGAAAAUGAAUAAGUUGCUUAUUGGGUAAUGGAAUAUUGCAAUUACAAAAGUCUGUAAUCAUACAUGUAUAAAUCAAUCCCCGAUGUUGUGAUCUAAUAAAUUAUGAAGUAGUUGGCUCAAACCAUAACUGAAAUCCACAAGAAAGGCAUCUGUCAUAGAGAUUUGAAACCAGACAACAUUUUAGUAAAAUUGCACGGUUAAAUUGAUAUCAAAAUCAUUGAUUUUGGUGUAUCUAAGAAAUUCAUGGUCAAAAAGAAAAACGAUAGAAUAUAUCAUGAAAUGUGGACCAGAACUGGUUCUCUUCUCUAUUAAGCACCUGAAACCUUUCUAGGAGGUGGAUAUGAUGAAAAACUUGAUGUCUGGAGUGUUGGUGUUAUCCUCUACCAACUUCUCUGUGGCAAAUUUCCAUUUAUUUGUGAUUCCAAAUUAGAUACAAUAGAGAUGAUUACUGAUCCCAAUCUCACUAUAAAUCAAAAUAAGGAGUUAUAACUAUUAUAACCACUUCAGAUUGAUUUACUAAAAAGACUCUUAAAUAAAAAUCCAGAAAAGCGAUUGACUGCUGAAGAAUUCUCUUUGCAUCCUUGGAUUAACUAGGUGAGCACAACUAAGUCAAUUUCUAGUGAUGAUUUAUAAAUCAACAAGGGUAGUGAAAUAAUCACUACAUCUCUCAAUCUUGAUGAAACUCAAAUAAGGAUUGACUUCUCUAAUCAUAUACAUUACACUCAAAAGCAGUUUCAAGAGUUGCUUAUUCAUAUCAAAGAUCAUGUCAUUGAAGAUUCUUAAAGCAGAAAGAGCAGCUAUUAAAUCAUUUCAGCCCAUACAUCUUAUGAGGCUUCUCCUAUUAAUUAAACAGAUGAAACUCAAUAACCAAACUAUAAAAAAUGA